GAAACAUUGGGGCCUUCAUUGGAGCUGGUUAGAGCCUCAGUUACAAUUCGCUAUACACUCAAUGGUUAACUUCGCUGGUGUUCUUGUUCUGCUCGCGGACUUCUAAAAUUCACUUGGAGACAAAACUUCAGGUGAAUAAGGUCCUCCUGACUUCGGUCGUGCGCCCGGAACAAUUUGGCUUUGGAUUGUGCUGAUGUGUCAAGUGACUUGUGGUAGUUUCUAAGGGCUGCAAUUGAACAAGUGUCUGGAAUUGCGCUAUCAGUGAUAUUAUCAUUCCUGUCAACUUACAUUCAGAGAUACUUUAUCUUCACGAUACAAAGUCAAGGACGCCAUGCCGCAUCUUAAAACUAUUCUUGUCACAGGUGGUGCAGGUUACAUCGGCUCACAUACAGUAGUGUCACUGCAAGAAGCUGGCUACGAUGUUAUUGCUUUGGAUAACUUUGCCAAUUCCGUCAAUGGAGCUGAAGAUGAAUCUAUCGCCCUGAAACGAGUUGAGAAGAUAACGGGCAAACCUGUAACAUUUUAUAAAUGUGAUUUGCUGAACAUACCCGAACUCGAAGAAAUCUUCAAUAAGCACAAAAUUGAUGCCGUUAUACACUUCGCCGCCAUGAAAGCCGUUGGCGAGUCAAUGCAGCUUCCUCUACUCUAUUACAAGAACAACAUCAUUGGCAUGAUUAACUUGGUUGAAGUAAUGGAAAAACAUGACAUUUAUCAAUUGGUAUUCUCAAGCUCAUGCACAGUAUACGGUGAACCGAAAAAAUUGCCGAUCACAGAAAAUGAGCAAACAGGGAACGUCACAAAUGUUUAUGGUCGCACAAAAUUUUUCAUCGAAGAAAUGCUCAAGGAUUUGUCGAGGGCAAAUUCAAAAUGGAAUAUAAUUGCGUUGCGUUACUUCAAUCCAGUUGGUUGUCACAGUUCCGGGAUCAUUGGAGAAGACCCUACUAAGGCGUUCACAAAUUUGAUGCCUUACAUAUCACAGGUAGCAAUGGGAAAGAAAGACACUCUUACGAUUUUCGGAAAUGAUUAUGAAACGCCAGACGGAACAGGUAUUCGUGAUUAUAUUCAUGUUAUGGACCUUGCCACAGGACACGUUGCCGCCCUUAAAAAAUUGGUCAGCGUUCACUUGGGAAUCCAAUUUUACAACUUGGGCACGGGUAAAGGUAUUUCGGUAUUGGAACUGAUAAAAGCAUUUGAACGAGUUAAUAACGUUAAAGUUCCAUACAUGAUAGAGGCACGGAGAGAAGGCGAUAUCUCAUCGAUGUAUGCUGAUGCGUCGUUUGCCGAAAAAGAAUUAAGCUGGAAAGCAGAGAAGACUGUUGAUGAAAUGUGUGCCGACUUCUGGAGAUGGCAGACCUUAAAUCCAAAUGGCUAUAAAACGCCCUAUACUAAUGGGCAUUGUCCAUAACAACACAUCAAAAGCAUUUCCAAAUAUACGGUUUCCUUUGUACAUCAUCAUUGAUCGUAUUUCCUCAAACAAAUCCCAAGGGCAUAGAAAUGAGAAAUUAAAUUAUUGUGAAAAAGAUUUUUAUUUCAUUUGCACUGCAACACGUAUUUAU